CCACGAUCAGUCAAUGUCGCCAUCGCGAAAUCCAAUUCCUAUCUACACGAAUAGAUCCCAAUAGAUUUCGAAUUUGAAUGUAAAUAAUAAAGAUGGUGCAAGUCGACACCCUCCCCCCCCUCAUCCGCUCCGAAGCCCAAAAAACCCACCUCCUCAUCCGCGACUUCAUCAAGCGCACCCCCAUCCUGACAUGCACCACCCUCUCCGCCCUCGCCUCCACCCCGCAGUCUGCGGAGGCGUUGGCGAGAACGGAAUGGAUAGGGAGAGAUCCGGCUCGUCCAAAAAUUAAUCUGUUUUUUAAGUGCGAAAAUCUACAGACGAUCGGCGCCUUUAAGCUGCGUGGGGCGACGAGUUUCUUGCAGCGGCUGGGAGAUGAGGAGUUGGCGAAGGGGGUGGUCACGCAUAGUUCAGGAAACCACGCCGCCGCCCUCGCUCUCGCCGCCAAGCGCCGCGGUGCCCCCGCCUACAUCGUCAUGCCGCGCAUCAGCAUGCCCAACAAGAUCGCUGCCACCCGCAGCCACGGCGCCGAGAUCGUCUUCAGCGGCUCCACGGCCCCCGAGCGGGAAGCCGUCGCGGCGGAGGUGAUGGCAAGGACGGGAGCGACAAUGGUCCCGCCGUAUGAUCAUCCGUAUAUUAUCCUUGGGCAGGGGACGCUGGCUCUGGAGGUGGAGGAGCAGGUGGGUUUGAUGUUGGACGCGGGGAGCGGGGGGAAGUUGGACGCGGUGGUUGCGCCGCUGGGGGGCGGGGGGAUGCUGUCGGGGAUUGCAACCGCGUUAUCUGGGACGGGGAUCCGCGUGUUUGGAGCCGAGCCGUCGUUUCAGGGGGGAGAUGAUGGGAGGAGAGGACUCGCUGCUGACCCGCCGGAGCGGGUUACGGAAGUCAAAACGCUUACGAUUGCGGAUGGGUUGCGGACACCAGUGGGGGUGUAUCCGUGGAGUGUGAUUAGCGACAGGGAGAAGGUUGGGGGGGUGUUUGCGGUGACGGAGGGGCAGAUCCUGGCGGCGAUGAGGUUGGUACUGGAGCGGAUGAAGGUGGUCAUUGAGCCGUCGUCGGCGGUGCCGCUUGCGGUGGUGCUGUUCAACGAGGACUUCCGGCGACGGGUGGAGCAGGAGGGGGGGGAGCAGGGGUGGAAUAUCUGUGUGGUCUUUAGUGGUGGGAAUACCACGGUUGAAGCGAUCGGGAAACUGUUCGCGAAGGAAGAGAACGAGGAUGAACGUUGAAGAUGUUCGCUAUUUGGCGACCCGUCGAAUAGUUAUACAGGUCACCAUCCGGCAGACGCCAAUGUCGCAAGUGUAUUUACAAAGCCACGGAAUCAAGUCCUCUACCACCUUUUCAUCGAUCAAUCUCACCGAACACCUAGACAACGUUAGUAAAACACUUGAAUAUUGAGGACGGACACGUACCAGAUCCGACGUGCCAAUGACCGCCACCACGUCAGCCAGAAGAUGCCCUCUUGACAACUGAUCCAGGCACCCCAAAUGAGCGAACCCGGGUGCGCGGAUG